GGAGCGACUUCCGCGACGCGUUCUUCCAGCGGAACCCCUUCGACGACUUCCGCGGCGACGCGCAGGGCAAGGACCUGCUGUUCUUCGGCGAGCACACCGUGCGCCCGCUGAGCGCGACGUCGGGCAAGGGGCUCUUCACGCGCGCGUGGGUCGAGGGCUGCUACGGCAAGGUCCUCACGCCCGACGUGACGCCCGAGGGCGCGCCCGUGCUCUGCAGCGGCAACGUCAUGGGCACGGGCGCCGCGGUGCUCGCCUACCUCGAGGCCUACCUCGCGAACGUCGACGCGCAGGACGGUAACGCGAACUGGCACUGCUGGAGGGACUACGGCAUCGACCAGGGCCACCACAACUACAUGCAUGUAGCUCUGCGUGGAAAGGCCUACGUCGCCUACCCGAAGCACAAAUUCGCGGUCGCGCCCUACGACGCGGGGCCGGCCUACACCGCGGGCCAGGUCAUGCACGUGCCCGAGGACCUGAAGCGCGACGCGGCCGGCUACGUGCUCCGGGCCGACGGCCGCCGCGCGGCGCUCGUCCACCAGUACGACCGCCACCCCGUGCUCUCCCGCUUCUACGACACCGUCGUCCGGGACCUCGUCGAGAAGGCCUAA